AGCUUCUAAAAACUCUCCUCAUAUCAUCAAAUCUCCCUAGCUAGGGUUUUUCUGAUACUACUACUCGAGGAUCAAAUGGCGGCGGCGUCACCACUUCCACUGCCGGGGGCGGCGGAUAUUCUCAGAAGACCAUCUCUCUACGUGGGGGAUCUUCACCCCGACACUACCGAGAGGGACUUGAUGGAGAAAUUCUCUAGUGUCGGCACCUUGGAUUCCGUUCGCCUCUGCACGGAUACGGUCACGAAGCGAUCUCUUUGCUACGCUUAUGUCAACUUCCUUUGUUUUUCUGAUGCUUUAAAGGCUAUGACACUCCUGAACCACACUCCCCUGAGGGAGAAGCCUAUGAGGAUCAUGUGGUGUCAAAGGGAUCCACUAGUAAGAAAAUCUGGAAUUGGCAAUCUUUUCAUCAAGAACCUAGCACCUUCAGUAACCAGUGCUCAAUUGGAGAGGAUAUUUAGCAACUAUGGGACAAUAGUCUCUUGCAAGGUUGUUGAGGAAGAUGGAAAGAGCAAAUGUUUUGGAUUUGUUCAGUUUGAUUCAGAGCAGUCAGCCAUGAUUGCCAUCAGUUGUCUCCAUGGCACAAUGCUUGAAGGGAAAAAAUUAUAUGUCUCCAAAUUUAUCAAGAAGCAAGAGAGGGAGGCUCCACGUGAAGACCUCAAAUUCACCAAUCUCUAUGUGAAAAACUUUGAUGACAAUCUGACAGAGGAUCUCUUGACAGAGAAAUUUUCAAAAUAUGGGAAGGUCCACAAUGCUAUCAUUAUGAGGGAUGAAAAGGGAAAGUCUAGAGGCUUUGGCUUUGUCAAUUUUUAUUCACAUGAAGAUGCUAAGAGGGCUGUUGAGGGUCUGAAUGGUGCAUUAAUUGGAUCCAAGCAGCUGGUUGUUGUAAAUUCAGCAAAGAUCAUGCGUCAUGAUGAUGGUGUCAGUAAGGGAUUUGGCUUUGUGAGUUUUUCCAGUCCUGGAGAUGCAAAGAAGGCUAUGGAUUCACUUAAUGGAACAACUUGUAAUGGAAUGUGCUUGUAUGUGGCAUUUGCUUGGCCCAAGGAAGAACGCCCUAGGACGGCCUUAGCACCACGCAAGCCACAGUUUCCCACUUCUAACCAGGAUUUUAUCAUGCCUACACUUCAUGAGUUCCUUUACUAUGUCCCUCCUUAUUCUGUGUCAAUGUCAAUUCCAGACUUCAACCCUUACCAGUCUACAUCUACAACGUAUCAAACUGUUGGCAGACAGAUGGGUACAUUCUUUCCUGCAGGGAUGUACACUUUUCGAGGAAACAACAUGAUAUAUGACACAGAGAAACAGUCACAGCAGUUGCCUACUAAGCACCUCAUUUGCCAGUAUAAUAAAUCUACGAAGCCUGUUCCUCUGAAUGAUUCUGCUGCACCAGCUGCUAAACAGGUGAAUCAAAAGAAUGCAAAAGCUUCCAGGAAACUCAAAAGCAAGACUAUAAAUGGAGUAACAGCACUAGUACCUCCCCCAGAAUCAGCCACCACAACGAAAGUGCUAACGCCAGUAUCAGUAUUGCAGCUCAUGAUGGGACUUGAGCUCGGGCACGCUGCAGAGAUAAACGCAACACUAUUGGAAGUGGAAAAAUCUGUGAUUCAGAAGAUGCUGAACUUGCCUGAGUCUGUGGUAGCAAAUAUUGGGGAAGCAAUUAAUAUGCUGAAAGAAGAAUAUUCUUGGUCCGACUGAGAUUAGCACGAUUUCUUUUUCUUGCUGCCUUGUGUUUACUCUUUUAAGGAUCACUUCUUAGAGUAGUUUGUAAAUAAGUUUUCCAACAAGAGAUUCUUGUGACCCUGCCUAUUAUAAAUGCAAGGCAAGUAGUUUUCACUAUAGCUUUCUUCUUUGAACAUUGAAACGAACCCACAUUUCAUUUUAUUAGCUUUUUUAAU